AUGGAUGCUUUAGGGGCCUUCACCCACAUGAAAGACAACAUUCCUACAUGGAUCACCCGCGUUUCAGAGCUUGCUACACACACACAUAAGAAACACAAUGAAUAUUCUGAAGCUUACAGACGCCAUGCAAACUUGAAGCCUCGCCGACGGAAAAAUAGCUCAGUUUGCUCCAUUCAUGCCGAUGAACUCGUUCCGAUCGCACAGAGAAAGACUCCCAGCCCAGAGCCUACGGAGACACAGGAUGCGCCCGAGCAAGGUCAACGUUCAGGUCGCAAGCGCACUACAGAUGAGGCCCCAUCAGUCGAAUCCAAUGAACGACACGCCUUGGUAAGCACACGGCACAAUGUCAUCAUCGAAUAUGAUGGUCAUACACAACAGACACUCGAAGCAAUUGUACGGGAUAUCGGGAUUGCCAGGAACAACAUCAGACGGGGCCAGAUGGCAUUGAUGCCGCGUACAGGGCUGCGUGCGGGCUUGUUGAGCAAAGGCAUGAAUCUACCAAGUUCACUGGGACAGGCAGGGCCACUUGCUUCUGUUCGCAGCACCCGGACUACAACUGGACUUGUCGGUGUCUCUGGAACCGGCGCACGAAAAGACUCUGCUUUUGACUUUGCCGACAAACAACUGGAACUUGCCCAUUCGCUUUGCGAGACGGCAGCUUAUCAAGUCCUUCGAUCUGGCGACUGUGGGACGGAACUGGACGGUGUGGAGGAGAAGUUUAAGAUGCUACUCGAGGCGGCUAUCAACGAGGUCAACCGUAUCACGGCAGAAAAGAAACAGCAAGAAGAACAAGAAGAACAGCAAGAAAAAGAAGGUCCCACCGAAGAAGGACCGCCCGAACCGGCCCCUACCCCCUCUGCGGCGCGACUCGCCACGGUUGCUGCCAUUGCUACGAACAAGUCCUCAAUGGCCACGUCAGGCGCCAUUGAAGUGGAUGAUAGUUCAUCUAUUUCGGCUGAGUCGAUUGACCUAUCUGCAUUCCGAUCCACUCGAUUCCGAGUCUAA